AUGGUGUUUGAGACUUUAGUUGCUGACCUACUCAACAGGUAUUUGGGCAAUUACCUGGAGACUCUUAAUGCCUCCCAGCUGCGUUUGGGAUUACUGUCCGGUAAUGUUUCCUUGGAGAAUGUUGAUGUGCGGGCUACUGCGUUUGAUGAUUUCGAAAUACCUGCAAGGGUUGUUCAGGGCCAUAUUCGCACGUUUUUUUUGCACACUUACUGUUAUGUGGCUUAUAACGAGGCGAAAGAAAAACAAUAUCGAAGGGAAGCAAAGCGGAAAACGCUAGAAGCCAUUGAGGAACUCAAGCAGGAACGUCAGUCAGAAAAGGGUGACAGCCCCGAUUCAUUCUUUGAAAAAUUGGCCGCGCAGAUAAUUAAAAAUGUUCAAGUCAAAAUUGAGAACAUUCACAUUCGGUAUGAAGACCAAACAACCAUUCCUGGUGUUCGAUUUUCUACAGGAUUGACUUUAAACCGAUUGGCCUUCCAAACUUGUGAUAGCUCUGGAGAACCAGUCGUGUUAAGCAGUGACCUUUCGAAGGAGUUUUUUAAACUCGUUGAGUUGGAUUCACUCGCAGUAUAUUGGAAUCAUGAUACGAAAAUGUACGCGGGUCUUCCUACUGGACUUCUCAGAAAUGUAAUGAGUUCCUCAGUUGCGAGCUCUGAGAGGACUGUUGUGGAGAUCGACUACAUUCUCCGACCAAUUUCAUUCAACGCGCUUCUUCAUGUGCACAUGCAACCGGAGAAAGUCCAGUUCACAAUUCCCCAGGUCGGAGUCGACCUAAAGUUCGAGGAAAUCGAGGUCGAGUUUCAACAUAAUCAAUACGUUGGAUUGGUCCUUCUCCUCGAUUCUGUCGAUCGUUUAAUGUUACGAAACAAAUUCUGGAAGUAUAAAUCCCUAAUUGAAUCCAAGAAUUAUCCUCGUGCAAGAUGGCUAUUCGCAUACACUGCUGUGUUGGAAGAAAUUGUCCGUCGGCGUUCUAACAUGUGGUCCUGGAAACAUAUUCAGGAACAUCGCCAGAUGGUGCGUGAAUACACGGCUUUAUGGAGAAAGAGGCUCCUAAAGGAAAGUCUCACACCUGAGCAAGAAGGGAAAAUUGAGUACUUCGAAGAUGAAUUGAACGUCAUGAAUCUCGCAUUGGCGCGUCAACACGCAGAAGUUCAGGCCGCGAAGAGCAGAGCUGCUAAGGAAAGCAGCAGACGUGGCGGUGGUGGUUGGUUCUCGUGGUUUCUUGGAGGUUCUAGCUCUGCAGCUUCAGCGACGGCGACUGGAGAUACCUUGGCCACCUGUGUCCGAGGCGACGGUCCCCAAGUGAUACAGCGUGUGCAACAGGAGAUGACUCCCGAGGAGAAGGAGAAGUUGUACGCCGCCCUGAACUACUCAGAGGGCAUGAGUCGCUGCACCUAUCCCCCUGAAUAUGUCUCCACUGCAGUCAAGUUUUCACUCGGUGGUCUUGCGAUCAUGCUCGCAAACAAUGACCUCAAAAAUCCGGGAAUUUUGAAGGUACAGUUGAACACCGUCACAUCGGAUUUCAAGCAGCGUGUAGGUGAUAAUGCCAUGGAGGAAGAUUCAGUGGAUAAGUGCUGUAGCUUUGGUCGGCCUGGACCAGGAGGACCCAAUUUGCACGACAAAGAUGCAGUCAGUUUGAAGUCUCUUCCACGUGGUUUCUUCGGUCGCUACUGCUGUCAAUUCGUCCUGCUAUGUCCUUGUAGUUUCUCCGUGCGUCUUGCGGGUUUUGAGGUGGUAGGACCGAGGAACUCCUCCACAGACACUGCCCCAAUCCUUAUCUCAAGCGCAGUUACGGGUGAAUCUCUCCUAUCCGUGGACUUUGCAAAGAAUCCCAUCGACCGAACCGCCGAUCGGUGUCUUUUCAUUGCAGCAGCUCCCCUUGAUGUUAUCUAUGAUGCAGAUACAGUUAAUAAGAUUGUCGACUUCUUCAAACUACCUCCUGGUCUUCGUCUGGACGAAAUAUCCUCUUCGGUAAUGCCGUCCCUGGAUGAGAUGAAGGCAAUGACCACGACGGGACUGCGCCAUCUUCUCAGUCGGCGAACCUGCCUUGAUUUAAGAGUCGACAUCCAACCGAGCUGCCUUCUGCUCCCUGAACGUGGAGUCUACAUAGAAGGGUGCCGCCUCAUCAUGGUGGACUUUGGUAGCGUGAGUCUUCGAUCAAUGCUGGCCCAUCAGGAUCUGGCCCGGAGUGAGACUACCUCUGACCAGGUUAGUGUGGCAAGUCGGGCUUCCUCCGCACUCGUCGGCCGAGCGCAAUCCGAUGAGCGCUACAAGCAGCUAUUGCAGGCGAACUACGAGCAGCUUUUGUUUGAGGCCUACGACCAGUUUGAGGUCACCUUGUCCGCCACUCAAAUUAUCUUGGUUCAAAAAGGCGAGAACUGGCGAGAACUGCGUUCGCUAGCAGACACACCAGGUCACGUGCUUAAGCCACUGGGUAUCAAAUUAGUGCUGCGUCAGUGCACUGCGCCACUCGAAUUCGGCCUUCCGCAAUUUCAAGUGGAUGGUCGUCUCCCGCUCCUUGGGAUCGACUUUACAGACAAGGUGUUGGAGUCCCUCUGUGACAUCAUCGCCCACGUACCACUACCCGAGACUGACCCUUCCCAGCGAAUCCCUACCGACCCCAAUGCUCUGCUGAAGGAUGUAAAAUUCUUCGACACCAAAACCGAGGAUUUGCUGCCAGGUCAAUUGAAAGCUGUGCAUGUCUUGCGAAUGGCUGAAACUGCUCUCGCUCCGCCGUCUCCCGAAUCUGAUCAGGCAGACGAUGAGGCCGACGUUUUCUUUGAUUCAUACGAAACUCCCGAAGCUUGCAUCUCCUCCGCCGUUCAGUCGUCCGUACGCAAGCCUCUGGCGAAUCUAGUCAUGAUUUGUGCAUCAUUUCUCGUCGAAGAGAUUCGAAUCUGUAUGUUUGAACAGACAACCUCUGGAGACAUUUCUGAUCCGCCAGCUCCAAUGUUGAAGUUCGUUAUCAAUGAAAUUGGUGCAGACUUCACUCUACGCAAGUGGGAUCAGGAAAUGAAUGCCCAUGUGAACCGUUUGAGUCUGAAGGCGCCGCGAUUUAAGGAGUAUGGCAGCGGAAACGAAUUGUGCCUGAUCGACACCUUCUCUAGGUCGGAUGAUCAGACCACUCCAAGCAGUGAACACCUCUUCACAGCACACCUCCUAAUUGCGGACAAAAGUGGUCCCGAUUUCGCCACCAAGUAUGCGAAUACGCGUCACUGUCUUGUUUGCGAAUUUAGGGUCUUGAAGAUUCAUCUGCACCAGGAAGCCCUGGUCUCCCUCUUGGGUUUCUUCACCGAUUUGGCUAAGGUUCUCGCUAAGGAUCCGGAACUAGGUGCAAUAGAGGACAAGAACCAAAAGGCUCUUGAAUGGGCUAACCGCCUCGGUGAUACGGAGGCUUCAGAGCAUCUACAGACCAGCUCAGUGAUGACGCCACACGAGGCUCGUCUCUCCGCCGCCAAGACAACUCCUGUCGAUGCGGUCUCUGGUCUUCUGGCCAGGAAGAACGAACGUCGUGACAUUCGACUAGACGCUGUCUCCGAGGCCGCUAAAAUGGGACGCUAUCUGAGGAUUCCUGAGGUCGAUGCCACGCAGUGGAAAAUUCAGCUUACUUUGGAUAAGGUCCAAGUCUUCUUCUGCUCAUCGGAGAUGCAAUUGAUGGCUUUCAGUAUGCGGGGUAUGCGUGUGGAUCUUCGAAUGACGUACCUUACUACUGAGAUUGCGAUGGCUCUCUCGGACAUAUGCAUCUCUGAUCUCAAUGAAACCUCACUUUACCGGCAGAUACUUUGGAUUGAACCCGGAGCAAAUGUCUUUUUGAUGCAGACGGUCUUAUACAAUCGAGGCACGAAAGCUUUGGAUGAUCAGUACGACCCCGAGAAGGUGGAUGUAGCAGUCUGUUUGCAGUUCGGCAAAGCCCACGUAAUUAUGCUCUACUGGUUCCUCCGAAGAGUUGUUAUACAAGAAGUGGUGAAUCAACCAUUGCCACCUAGAUUGGCACUUUCGGUGAAUGUGGAAGCGCCAGUGAUCUAUAUGCCACAGAAUUCAACUUCUCGCACAGCUCUCGUUUUCGACUUGGGUCGCAUCUCAAUCAAAAACCAUUUUGAAGUUAUACCGAAGCCUGUCUUGUCAAAGAAUGACCCCAUUAAUAUGCUUAUGAUGGACUGUAUGAGCGUUCGUCUGGAAGACUUCAAAAUGUCAGCAGCUAUCCUGGUCGAUGGAGGAGUGGAAAUUGACAGAAAUGUGAUCCAGCCCAUCAAUUUGAGUCUGAACAUGAAUAGAAAGGUGUUCUCCUCUAAGGGUGAUGGAGUUCCACAACUUGAUGUCUCUGGUGCUCUCGAAUCCAUUCGACUUUCAAUGACCUACGGUGACUACAAACUGAUAAAUGAGGUAUUUCUUGACAACUUUGAGGAGGCCGAUUCCCUAAUGGGCUCACUUCCCAUAUCUAAUCCGACCAAUGUGGCGACUUCAGAGGAUCCUGUGAUUGUCACUGAGUUGACUACUCAAAAGGCUGCCGACGUCUCAACUUCCGAUUCUCUAGAUUCGGCGUCAGAAAAGAGUGCAUCUUGGACUUUUGUUCUAAGGCGAUUGGAGAUUGAACUGUUUAGGGGCACUGAUGAUCCGCGAAAUUGGAAUGACGAGAUUCAUGCAAGCCGACGCCUGGGCGUCUUUACAUGCACAGAAUUAUUCCUUGAGGGCGAUUCAUUUGAUGAUACCUCUUCAAACAUGAUGGCGCGUCUCAAGGAUAUCUCACUCAUUGACACGCGGCCUCACUCCGACGAACACAUAACUAAUAUCCUCAGUCAGGCGGGUGAUUCGCAAGGCCAGAUGUCGAAUUUCAUUGAGGUCCUCUAUCACUCGGAUAACCAGUCAAAUCAAACUUUGAACGUGAAUGUUUGUAGCAUCAUGGUCUGCGCCUCGUUGGAUUACUUCAUGAUACUGUCCAAGUUCUUCACCGAGGGAGCACAUCAUAGGAACAGGCCAGCUGCCAAACCCAGUCCUCCGCCAUCACAGAGGACCUCCGUCAUGAAGCACAGACAACCUCAACGCACCACAGUGUCACAAAACCCCGGCACUCUUCGAAUCAAGACCAACAUUGCGGAUCCUGAAAUCGUUCUCCCAGAAGAUAUGUCAAAUCCUAAUUGUAAUGCCAUUCUUGUAACGACGAGUUUGAAUUUUGACUAUGCGAUGCUUCGAGAAGAAACGGUGAUGAAUGCCAGCAUAACCAAAUUCAGAAUCCUUGCUUGUCCGUUCGAUCGUAGUCAAAGAGACAAAAACAGCAUGGAGGUUGUCGUUCCGACCUCAGUAUCCUUUUAUGCCCGUCAACCGGUCGCUGCUGCACUGCACGGAUCAAUUAAUAUGGAGUCGCUACUUAUCAACGUAAACGCCCCCAUCAUCCGCUCAAUAUCAAAAAUUAUGAACCAACUGACCGAAAGCGCCAUGGAUGUCUCCUUAGUGCCUCAGACUGUUGGUGGUUCACAGCAUGAAAAGACUCUAGGUGACGAUGGGACAGAGGAUUUUUGGUCAAUCAAGCCCGUCAAGGCUUCUGAUAUCCCCAUCCCUAUGGGUCAGAUUGACUAUGAUGAUUCAGCUUCAGAAGGUACGGAAGGCUGCGAUGUUGCCGACAUUCUUAUGAAGGUUGACGACGAACGUGUGGAGAAGGCAAGUUCGAUUCUUAUUCGUAUUGGCUACGUAUGUUUGUCAAUGGAGUCACAGAUUGGUAACAAGCAGGUACCCAUGCUGCUUAUGGAGGCUCACGUUGAUGGCGAAAUGAAAUCCCCUUCUACUGUGCUUGAAGUAAGCUUGAACUUUGAGCUCACGGUUUCUUAUUACAAUGAUCAUGUGAACGAGUGGGAGCAGUUGCUGGAGACUCUACCAACAGAGGACAAUCGACUCUGGUCGCUUCAGGUGGGGUACCACUCGGCGGAGCAGGAGUUUUUCUACACCAAGAAGGAGUGGCAAGAACUUUCAACUCUUCAAAACUCGGGUCGCCUUCUCACUUUUAUUUCACAAGAUAAUUUGGAAAUCACCAUCUCAAAAACUGCUCUUGAUGUUCUGAGCAAACUCGGCAAGGCAAGUUUUCCUCGGCCCAUUCCAGGUGCCUCCUUUGAGGAGGCUUACGUGUCGCCCAGACCCGUGAUACCCCUACGAGAGUCAAUUGAAAUAAAAGCGCCCUAUGUGUUGCGUAAUCAGACGGGUCUUCGAUUGAUGGUGGUAGUUGACGGACAGCGAUUGCGCACCACUGACGAGUCCAUCUCGGCCAAAUCGGCCUCUUCACUCAGCCUCGGUGCUGCACAGCAAAAGAUCGGACUUGUGGGACAUGUACUCGAAGCGGGACAAAAUCUUGGCUUCUAUGAUGUGCACAUGAAUAAGAUUCCAACAGUACAAUACCUCAGGUCAGCACCAUUAGCUCCGCCUCGGUUCAUCAAUAUCGGCCUUGCCCCCAAGUCAGUGGAUCUCAUUAAUGAUUGGGGCGUCUUUGCCUCUCGAACAGCCGCUUUAAAAAUACAUCGAACCGCAAAUUACAUAGUCUCUGCGGUCUCCAUCAAUGACAAGGAAAAGAGCCAACCGAUUGUCGCCACCAUCACAGCCUUUUUGGGACAGAAAACGCUUUUCUUGCAAUCCACUCUCCAGGUUGUCAAUGAAACACCCGAGGCCAUUAGAAUUUUCUCACUCCUCUCCCCCACCUUUUCCGAUGCUGUCGCUCAAAUACAAUUGUUGGCCAUAAUUGCAGGUGGUGGGUCCUAUUCUCUGCCUGUAGAAAUCGUCACAAACAAAGAAAUAACCGGUAUCAGGAUGUGCCCAGAUUUGGAGGGAGCUGCACCCUCCACUGACGUGAUCUACUGGCCACCCAAGGUGUGUCCUCAGACUGCGAAGUCUGAGAACCGCGGUGACACCUGCAUCUACCUGCUGCCCCGACUCGACUCUGGGAGGGAGAGUGAGUGGCCAGUCCAGGAGGUGGGCUGCUCGGUUCCCCUGAAGGCGGAGGCGGGAGCUGGUAAAGCGCUUUACAACUACACUAUUACCAUGGAGCGGCGCUUUCCCGAGGGCCAGGACGGGCAUCCGGAUUUCUUGCAACCUCCCUCCUCGACCACCACGGAGCCUGUGGCCUACAACAUGGUGAUCCGUGCUCCUGCCUCUCUUCACAAUCACCUUCCUGUCCCCAUUACCUUCUACCUCUGUGAUGCAAUUUCGACCGUAGAACCAGGUCACACCGCUGUUCUUUCAUCUGUCAAGUCUAGUGGAUUUUCGGUUUCGGUCAAUUUCACAUAUAAUAAAAAGGACUAUUUGGGCGCGAUUAAUAUCAGCAACAGGACUGAAGAAAUGUCGUUACUGCCUUGUGAAACUCAGGAUGGAUAUGACAUUUCUCUCUUGAACCUGGGUCUACGCUGUUCGCGUCGCUUGGGUCAUAUCGACUUAACCGUCUACUGCCCCUAUUGGUUGGUCAACAAAACUGGUCUCUCUCUUACUUACAAGGAUCAAAAUGAACUCGAGUUUCACCAUCCUGCUGGAUUCUCGGAUGUUUUCCUCUUCUCCGUCACAUCAAAGACUGCGUUACUCCAACACAAGCCUUCUAGUAAACUUCAUCUGCAGCCCGUCAGUAGCACAGAUCACGAGAAUGCUGCUAGCGAUGCAGUAGCAUCGACAUCAUCUGAGCACAAUUGCUCCAAGCCUUUCCACAGCAUGCAUCGUGGAAUUCGUCUGAUUCAGAAAGUGAAGAUUGCAAUGCGAACAGAAGACUCACUUUGGUCCUCUAAGUUCUCCCUUGACACGGUUGGAAGUUGGGACCGAGUACAUUGCGAGGGAAAGCUCGGAAGGUCUUACGAGAUUGGUGUUAAGAUAAAUCUUUCGGCUUCCGGUCUCACGAAGAUAAUCACUUUUAUGCCCUACUUCAUGGUCGUUAACAAAACCUCGGUGGCUGUUGAGUGUGCGCAAGUUCGGGACAUAGGGAAAAACAUUCUUGACACUUGGAUUCCCAUCAAAGCUGGUGAUGUGAAACCGUUUUGGCCGGCCACUGGCGACACUCAGAAGAUGCUAAUGACUUGUCGCGUGGAUCAGAAAGUAAUCACUGACUACUUCCCCCUUUACGAAUCAAACACUGUUCUUCUGAAGCUACCCAAUCCCUACAUUGGUUUGUACACGGAUGUUCAGACAACGGAUGAAGCCACUGUUAUCAACCUCCAGCUUUACAAAGAAGGGAUGGCGUUGGUGCACAUCAUUAACGAUAUGGAUGGUGGACGCAAUGUCCACUUUUAUCAGAAAGGCACAGGUGUAACACAUACUCUAAAGUCAGGUUAUCAAAUGUUCUACACAUGGGACGAUGCCAGUAAACCACGGCAAUUUUUCACCUUCGUAGACAAUUCUCAAAAGACGAGGCAGGUGGAAAUAACAACGGACAGUUAUGAAACAUUUGUGUCUGGAAACGCCAACAUCCAUGUUGUGUCUUUUCUUUCGAAACUUCAACGAACCCUUCUCUUCACAAACGACCCUACUGUUGCAAAUUUGACAGCCAAAUCUGGGGAACUGGAGUCGGUUACUGAUCGCAUCUCGCUGGUACUUCAGUCUGUCGGGAUUUCUUUGGUAACUAAUCAGCUUCGCAAGGAAGUCUGCUACAUCUCGAUUCGCAGCUCGGAUAUCAUAUGGAACAAGAUGAGACGAGGUAACCGACUGAAGCCUUUGAAGCCGGAUGUGAGCGAGGCUCUAGAGGACGUCUACAACACCUUCCUUAACAGAGUCGCCCAAAAUGAGGACUUCCCCAAACGUGUGACUCUGCCCGACACUAUCCGGCCUACAACCACGGUAGACUUAAAUCAGAUGGUCAUGCUGGAACCCGAAAACUGUACCCUCCAGCGAACUUUCGAGCCGGGCAUGCAACUACAGUAUCGCGCCUCGCCCAAUCAAAUACAAAUUCACGCAAAAAUCUUCCGAGUGCAAGUGGAUUCGCAAAGACUUGACGCACACUUCCCUGUAGUCUUCGCUCCCUUCCCUCAGCCUACCUCCGUCGUUGUCGACUCUGGUUCAAAAGCCUUGGUUGAGGUAUUCACCGUCAUCUGCAAGACAACGGACGAGGAGGUAUAUCGAUUCAAGCGUCUAGAGUGUUUAAUUCAAGAGAUGCAGUUUCAACUAGACCAAGGUUUUCUCAACGACAUGAUUGACUUCUUCGCGGGGAGCGUCAUAAUUCAAGACGAACUUGUUGGUUUUCUCGCAGACCAGAAGCUCACAAGUGGCGCAUUAGUUGACGCUCCUGUGGUGAAGGAUGUAUUACAGACUGGAAGGGAGUCCAUUAUCGACUACAUUCACAUUUCUCCAAUCAAGAUGCACGUCAGUUUCUCCUUGCUUGGAAGCUCUCAAGAAUCUCAACCGAGUGCCCUUCACAGUGAUGUGCUCAAAUUGUUCCUUCAGUCCCUAGGAGUCGCGCUCACAGAUGUACAGGACGUUGUCUUCAAGCUGGGCUACUUUGAGCGUCGAGGAAGAAUAAUGUCCUUCUCCAAAAUCCUUACUGAGAUGGGUCGUUACUAUGCAGGCCAAGCAAUUAAGCAGACCUAUGUACUCAUUCUUGGUUUGGAUGUGAUUGGGAAUCCAUUUGGCGUUAUCCGCGGAAUGGCACAAGGUGUGGAAGAUCUUUUCUACGAACCUGUUAAAGGGGCCGUUGUUGGAACAGAGGAAUUUGCUGAGGGUGUUGCGUUGGGAGUAAGGAGUCUCUUCGGCCACACCGUUGGUGGCGCCGCGGGUGCGAUGUCGCGCAUCACAGGCACCCUGGGCAAGGGUGUGGCGGCGUUAACCCUAGACGACGAGUACAAGCGUCGGAGGCGCGAAGAGAUGACCCGAACGCCUGAUAACUUUGGCGCUGGCAUGGCUCGGGGUGGCAAGGGCCUCGUCAUGGGUGUUGUCGGUGGUGUGACGGGCAUCAUCACACAGCCAAUAUUGGGAGCCAGAAAGGAGGGUGUGGAGGGCUUUUUCAAGGGUCUUGGCAAAGGCCUCAUCGGCACCGUAACUCGACCCGUCUCCGGCAUGGUUGAUUUUGCCAGCAGCUCCUUCGAGGGCAUUCGAAGAGCCACAUCCACCUCAAAGGACGUGCUUCCAGUUCGUCCGCCGCGGUUCAUCCAUUUGGAUGGCGUCAUCCGUCCCUACGAUCGGAACGAAGCUGAAGGAAGCAUCAUUCUCAGUAGGCUUCGCGACAGAUCUCCAUCUGAGGAUUAUGUCUUCCACAUACCACUGAGGCGAAACAAGGGUAUCUGCAUGUUGACUACCGAGCGAAUCCUGCUGGUGACAAUGAACGAGAUCUUGGGCAGUUGCACAAUUGAUUGGCAGGCUAAAUUGUCCCAGCUCAGCGACUCACAGCAUAAAUACGAAUACGGUUUGGAGCUCCAGCUUGGCAAUGCCUCCAAGACAAAGCUCUUCGGCGGUGCUUCCAACGUGAAGCAGAUUGAAUGCACUCCCGAUAACGCUUUGCGAAUGCUUACAAAGAUACGGAUGCUUGUGGGCGAGGAUCCCAGCGAUGGGCAGACUAUCCCUUCUAAUCGAGUUUGCUGA